AAAAAACAGUUGAGGCGGCUGUGACGACAGGGGUGUGGCUGCACGCUAAAUAAGCGAGCACGCAGGUGAAAUUUGCGAAAUCUGCGGGUGAUCAGGUAUAUAAUCAUGGUAGGAGAUCCCUUUAAUCCCGCCGACCGCCCGCCAAUUUUCAACGAAGCGAACGGCGAAAAAAGGGACACACAGACAAAUCACGUGUAUAAGUAACACGUGAUACGAUCUCAUUCCUUCCUUCCUUCUUAUCACACAACACACACCACUCACGCCACUAACACCUACCCAUUAAUUGGAGAUACUUACGAUAUUAUAUUAAUACUACCCUUCGCACUCAAUAAUAAAAAGGUCUCACUUAAGGCUACUACUUUAAGCACAAUCUUCAUCAACUUCAUCAACUUCAUCAACUUCAUCACCAAAAGAAUAUUAAAUGGCGCAAUUAUUGUAAAGAGGCUUCUCUCUUCCAAAGAAAUACUGCAGGCCCUCUCUGACCGCAAGGCCGGAGUCGACCUGAGGCGUUGACCUAAAAAUGGCGUCAAGAUUGGAUCGAUUGGUCACGCUACUGGAAACAGGAAGCACCCCAUUAAUCAGAAACACUGCAGCCCAGCAGCUCGCAGAUGUUCAAAAGGCUCACCCCGAUGACCUAUUCAGCUUAUUGUCAAGGGUCGUCCCAUACCUGCACCACAGGACAUGGGAGACCCGAGUCGCAGCUGCCAAAGCUCUAGGUGGCAUCGUUGAAAAUGCCGAGAAGUAUGACCCUAACGAGGAUGAGGCCAAGGAUGAAUCUAUGAUCAUCGAGGACGAGUCCUCAUCCCUCGUAAAAACCGAGGAUAAGAGCGAGAACAGUCUCGCGAAUGUUGACGGAUUCCGCUUGGCCCUCGAGAACCUUGACAUUUCUCAAGUGCUGAAAUAUGGCAAGGAGCUCGCUCGAGGAACAGGCAGAGGGUACGAGUUUGCUCUGGCGCGUCUGGAUCCCUCGGAACGCCUGGCCCACAAGAAAAAGACUCUGCCAACUCGGCUUGGUCUGAGAGGUAAAUUCCAUGAGGAUGACCUCUGUAUGGACAUCGACAUCAUUCCCGUCCCAACUACCGUCUCUCCCCCACCCAGUGACCAGACCAACGGAAAUUCAGGGUCACAUGAAGAUUCUAAGUGCUCCGAGACUACUUCUGCAGCCAAUGGCGAUAGUGGUCUCAGCGCACGCCAGCUUAAUGUGCUGAAGCGAAAGCGCAAGCGUGAGGCCCUCCAGGCGGGGAGCAAGAACCGUCUCGUGGAUCUGUCGGGAAAGAAGCCUAGCAUUUCCACUGAAGAUGCCGCCAUGCCAGACGAAUCCACCGGGGAGGAAGAGUCGAACGGCAAAGUCAAGGACUACUUCUCGCUCGACAGACCUGCCGAGGUGGAGGAAGACACCAAGGUCGUCUCAGAGUUCAAGGGCCCGAUCGUCCCAGUCAAAUCCGAGAUCCAAGAGGACGAAGAGUCUGCAGGUGCAGAAUGGCCUUUCGAGAGACUGUGCGAACUUCUCAUGGUCAACCUAUUCGACUCCUGUUGGGAGGUUCGACACGGAGCAUCUCUUGGUCUCCGUGAAAUCAUCCGCGUCCACGGACACGGCGCUGGCCGCGCUCGUGGCAAGUCUCGGACUGAAAACGACCGUCUUAACAGGCAAUGGCUUGACGAUUUGGCGUGCAGACUUUGCUGCGUGCUCACGCUCGACAGAUUCGGAGAUUACGUGUCGGACAAUGUUGUGGCGCCCAUUCGCGAGUCGAUCGGCCAGACUCUCGGUGCGCUCCUCUCGCAUCUCCCGUCGUUGAGUGUUUACGCUGUAUUCCGCAUCCUUCUACAGAUGGUGAUGCAGGAUGAGCUCGGACUGGACCGCCCUGCCUGGGCUGUCUGCCACGGCGGUAUGAUUGGACUCCGUUACCUCGUCGCAGUCCGCAACGACCUUCUCCUCAAAGACGGAGGCCUCAUCGACGGAGUCAUCCGAGCUGUUAUGAAAGGCCUCGGCGAUGCCGACGAUGAUGUACGAUCCGUUAGCGCGGCAACCCUCAUCCCAAUCGCGCAGGAUUUCGUCAACCUCCGCCCCGAGAAACUGAAGGAUUUAAUCGAGAUCGUUUGGAUGUGUUUGAUGGACUUGGGAGAUGAUCUGAGCGCUAGCACGGGCCAGAUCAUGGAUCUUUUGGCCAAGCUUUGCAGUUACCCCGAGGUCUUGGAGGCGAUGAAGGUCAAUGCCUUGGAAGAUCCGGAUCAGUCGUUCGCCGAGCUUGUGCCUAGACUCUACCCGUUCCUGCGACACACCAUUACAUCGGUUCGCUCGGCUGUUCUCAGGGCCUUGCUCACCUUUGUCCAUAUCGAGGGCGAAGGCACACGCGGGUGGCUCAACGGCCGUACCCUUCGUCUUGUCUACCAAAAUAUCCUAGUCGAGCGCAACGAAGAUACUCUCCGACUCUCUCUACAGGUAUGGACGGCACUAGUCACGUACAUGUCGAAACAAGAUGUGUCCGCCCUCGCCGCCGAGUUCGCUCCACAUGUCGAGCCCCUAUUGCAGCUAUCGCUCCAUCCCAUCGGCGUCUCGAGGCAUCCUCUCCCAAUGAACCCGACGUUGUUUAUGCGCCCUUCAGGAUCGAGCUACAGCAUGCCAGCUCACCUCGCACGCCAACUAUCGCCUACUUCAGCCACUCAAGAGCCCUCUGCUAAGCGCCGCAGAAAGUCCGCAAAGCAAGUUGAGGCAGCUCCUUCGUCAUCUCACGACGUGGACGGCCACAUGAUGCAAGGUGAUGUCGAUCUCGUCGGCAUGGAUAUCUUGAUCCGUUCGAGAAUCUCGGCAGCCAAGGCAAUGGGUCUCCUACUGUCUCUCCUCCCUGUCAGUGACUUAGGCGUCUAUGACACCGCAAUCCUGCAAGGUCUCUCGUCCUCGUUCGCAUCAACGCAACUCGCAUCCGCGGCAAUCAUAGACGAGUACGCCAAGAACUCCGAAUCCAAAGACACCGUGUCCCGCUUCAAGGAGCCCCUCCAGACAAUCACCGAAAGCGACAGACCCGCCCACUACCGCGAUCUCGUCAGCUUCAUCCAGCUCGUCCGCGCGCAAUGCGCCGCACUACUCAACACAUUCCGCGACAUUGGCAAAGCAUCUCAAAGCAGACUCCCCACGCUCGCCGUGGUGUGCCAGGGCGAGGCCGAGGCGGGUCCAGAUGCUUUCUCCAUCAUCAACGCGGAUAAGUGCGUCAAUGAAGAUUUCGAGAGGCUGAAGAAGUCGCUUUCGGGAGCGCAGAAGUUGAUCGCUAAGGAUGCUCUUAAUGAGGCGAGGGAGAACGCUGUGACGGCUAUUGAGAACGCGAAGGCGAUGAAGCUGCAUCGCGAUAUUCGCGUCAAGUCUGCGGCUGCUGGUGCGCUGGUGUCGAUGGGCGCGGCGCCGAAGAAGCCGUCUAAUACGAUUAAGGCUCUCAUGGAUAGCAUCAAGAAGGAGGAUAACCUCGAGUUGCAGCGCCGCUCUGCACUGUCCGUUGCGCAGCUCGUCCAGCUAUUCGCUCUGUCGGGCCGUCGCGGACCAGCUGACAAGAUCGUCUCCAACCUCGCCAAGUACUGCUGUAUUGACACAGCCGAGACGCCCGAGUUCACUCCCAACGCAGAGCUGCGCACUGCAAUCUUGUCCCUGCGUAAAGAGGAGGAUAGAAAGGACCACGUCGAUGCAGCCAAGUUCGCGCGUGAGGCGAAGGAGGCGCGUAUUAUGCGUCGCGGUGCCAAGGAGGCCCUGGAGCAACUGUCUGAUAUCUUUGGCGCUGAUCUACUGGAGCAAGUUCCAACGCUGAAGGGCGUUAUGAAUGAUGCCCUGACGCAAGUCUUCGUGGGCGAUUUGCCUGAGGAGGCGAAGGAUCCCGAGAAGCCGCUGGGCCAAGACGUCAUUGAUGGGAUGUCGGUUCUGCGCGCUCUGACGCCGACGUUGCACAAGGAUCUUCAUCCAUUCGUUAUGGGUCUGCUUCCUUUGGUUGUUAAGGCGCUCCAUUCCGAGCUGUCUGUUUUCAGAUAUAUGGCUGCCAAGUGCCUUGCUACGGUUUGCAGUGUCAUCACUGUUGAUGCCAUGACGAUGUUGGUUGAGAAGGUAUUGCCCUCGAUCAGCAAUCCUCUGGACCUGAACUUCAGACAGGGUGCUACGGAGUGCAUUUACCAUCUCAUUCACGUCAUGGGUGAUAAUAUCCUACCAUACGUUAUUUUCCUCAUCGUGCCUGUUCUGGGUCGCAUGAGCGACUCUGACAAUGACGUCCGUCUGAUCGCAACCACCACGUUCGCCACGCUCGUCAAGCUCGUACCUCUCGAAGCCGGUAUCCCCGAUCCCCCAGGAUUGUCAGAGGAACUCCUCAAGGGCCGCGAUCGCGAGCGUACAUUCAUCGCACAGCUCCUCGAUCCGCACAAGGUCGAGCCUUUCGUUAUCCCGGUCGCUAUCAAGGCCGAACUCCGCUCUUACCAGCAGGAGGGUGUUAACUGGCUCAACUUCCUCAACAAGUACCAUCUGCACGGCAUUCUUUGCGACGACAUGGGUCUCGGAAAGACGCUCCAGACGUUGUGUAUGGUGGCUAGUGACCAUCAUCUACGUGCGGAGGAAUUCAAGAAGACGGGUGCUUUGGAGCUUCGCAAGAUGCCUACGCUUAUUGUCUGCCCGCCAACACUCUCUGGUCAUUGGCAGCAAGAGAUUAGGACGUACGCACCAUUCUUGACAUGCACGGCAUACGUUGGCCCACCCAAUGAGCGCAGCAAGGUCCGCGAUCAGCUUGACAAGACGGAUGUGGUUAUCACCUCGUACGAUAUCUGCCGUAACGACGCCGAAGUGCUCGCGCCCAUCAACUGGAACUACCUCGUCCUGGACGAGGGCCACUUGAUCAAGAACCCGCGCGCCAAGGUCACCAUCGCAGUCAAGCGCCUGCUGUCCAACCACCGACUUAUUCUCUCCGGUACGCCCAUCCAGAACAACGUGUUGGAGCUAUGGUCGCUCUUCGACUUCCUCAUGCCCGGCUUCCUCGGCGCCGAAAAAGUCUUCCUCGACCGCUUUGCCAAACCCAUCGCCGCAUCCCGCUUUGGCAAGCCCUCUUCCAAAGAGCAAGAAGCCGGCGCCCUCGCCAUCGAAGCGCUACACAAACAAGUCCUGCCCUUCCUCCUGCGCCGCCUCAAGGAAGAAGUCCUCGACGACCUCCCCCCCAAGAUCCUACAGAACUACUACUGCGACCUCUCUCCCCUGCAAAAGAAGCUCUUCGAAGACUUCACCAAGAAGAACGGGAAGACGCUCGCGGAGAAGGCGUCGGCGGGCGAUAAGGACUCGAAACAGCAUAUUUUCCAGGCCUUGCAAUAUAUGCGCAAGCUGUGCAAUUCGCCGGCGCUUGUUAUGAAGGAGGGACAUAAGCAGUAUGCAGAGACGCAGGCUUACCUCGCUAAGAAUAAUACUUCGCUCUCGGAUCCUGUGCAUGCGCCUAAGCUCACGGCCCUCCGCGAUCUUCUUGUCGACUGCGGUAUUGGACGCGAACCCGCUCCAGGGGAACUGGCUGGUACCGCGGCUGUGUCGCCGCAUCGCGCGCUGAUCUUCUGUCAGAUGAAGGAGAUGCUUGAGAUGGUGCAAAGCGAGGUGCUGCGGAAGAUGCUUCCGGGGGUGACAUCACUCCGUCUUGACGGUGGGGUGGAGGCCAACAAGCGCCAGGAUAUCGUGAACAAGUUCAACAGCGAUCCAUCUAUCGAUGUGCUCCUCCUGACGACGUCGGUUGGUGGCUUGGGUCUGAAUUUGACCGGUGCUGAUACAGUUAUCUUCGUGGAGCAUGAUUGGAAUCCGCAGAAGGAUUUGCAGGCUAUGGAUCGCGCGCAUAGAAUUGGGCAGAAGAAGGUGGUUAAUGUGUAUCGAUUGAUUACGCGUGGGACGCUUGAGGAGAAGAUUAUGUCUCUCCAACGCUUCAAAAUCGACGUCGCCUCUACGGUCGUCAAUCAGCAGAACGCCGGCCUUGCUACUAUGGAAACAGAUCAGAUCCUCGACCUCUUCCAGCUCUCAGAUGAGGUGCCUGGGCUCGUGCCUCCAAACGCCGCGGGGGCCGCGGCAAAGGAAGGCGAAGAGGAUGCGGUGGAUGCGACGGGUGAGGUUAGGGAGAAGGGGAAGAAGGGGUAUCUGGAUGAGAUUGGGGAGUUGUGGGAGGAGGGGCUGUAUGAGGAGGAGUUUAGUCUGGAUGGGUUUUUGGGGAGGAUGAAGGGGUAG